AUGGAGAGCCCCAACCUACGGUGGGCGCUUGUCCACAAGAUCUACGUCAUCCUCACCGUCCAGCUCACCAUGACCACCACCAUUGCCGCCUUCGUCGUCAAGGUGCGCGCCAUCUCCGAGUUCUUCCUCUCAUCCAACGCCGGGAUCGUGCUAUACAUCUUCCUCAUCAUCCUGCCUCUCAUCGUGCUGUGUCCUCUGCAUUACUACCACCAGAAGCAUCCGAUCAAUCUGCUGCUGCUUGACCUCUUCACCGUCGCCAACAGCUUCGCCGUCGGCAUGACAUGCACCUUCACCAGCGGUAACAACUUAGCUUUCCUUGUUCGGUUUCUACUUGUUCUAACUUCUACAUCAUGUUUAGAUGUGACUGCUUGA